AUGCCGCCCUCUUCCGCAGCCGCCGCUUCCCGUACCUACCUCCAGGAUCGGGUCCAGCGGCACUAUCUGGAGGUGCUGCCCUCACGCUGGCGUGCCGUCCUCUCCCGGCUGGCAAAAAACACGCAACUGCGGCAGAAGGCUGACGUUGUCGUUGACAAUAAUCUUCUGUCCGACAUACAGGCAGAUUUUGACCUCAUCCAUGCAUUGCUGGCGGAGGAACACCGCAUCUACCGGGAGGGCGUGACUUGCCUUUGCUCCCCAGCAUCCAGCGGAGAAGCCGAAACGCGACGAUUGGCCGCUGCUCAACAGCUGAUGCAGGGAAUGCUCUCUUGCAUUGCCAUGAAGGAGCUUCUCAUUGCACACUGGAAGGGCGCGCUUCUGGACACUUCCCCCAGCACACUGCGUGUCUACUGCCAUGCGUGUAUUUCCAACCCACACGUGUCCGCGACGAACGUUGAGCGGCUUUUGGCCCUCUACACGCUGCCCUAA